AAAAUGUCUGGUGGUAAAUCUGGUGGAAAGUCUGCUUCUGGCUCCAAGUCUCAAACUCGUUCAGCUAAGGCUGGUCUCCAAUUCCCAGUUGGUCGUAUCCACCGUCUCCUCCGUCGUGGUAACUAUGCCCAACGUGUCGGUGCCGGUGCUCCCGUCUACCUCGCUGCUGUCCUCGAAUACCUCGCUGCUGAAAUCCUCGAAUUGGCCGGUAACGCUGCCCGUGAUAACAAGAAGUCUCGUAUCAUCCCUCGUCACCUUCAACUUGCCAUCCGUAACGAUGAAGAAUUGAACAAGCUCCUUGGCCAUGUCACCAUUGCUCAAGGUGGUGUUCUUCCCAACAUCCACGCCUCUUUGUUGCCCAGUAAGACCAAGAAGGCUGGUGCUUCUCAAGAAAUGUAAAGAGGAAGAGAAACAAAUAUAUAAACAUUUCUUCCAUCAUUAUAAUUUUCUAGCAUAUUUUGUCCUAUUUGAUAUCCCUUUUAAACUCUUUAUUGUCUCUUGAAAAUUAAAUCAUUCAUCUUUCAUUUUCAUCUGUAGAAUUGAUGCCCUUUUACUUUUUUUUUCUGAUUAUUUGUAAAUAAAACAAUUUUUUUAAAGCAGGAAAUGAUCUUCCUAGUGUAUAUGAUUUUUCAUUAUGUACAGCCAAACAUCAAACAUGCAGUUAAU